CUACUCGCUUUCAUUUUUCAGUUUCGAUUAUUCAGCGCUCGCAACAGGUGUGUGGUCUUCUUCCGGAUAGACUAAACUCUACAUCAAACUUCCAUCGUUGUGACUGCCAUUUCGUGCACGAUUUAACGCAAAUUCGUUUUAGUGCACGCAACAAGUUUAGAUCCAGAAUCUCCGGAAAUGGCUGCAUUGAAGCAAUACUCGUACGCCGAAGUGGCAAAGCACAACACCCCCGCAGACCUGUGGAUGGUCAUCGACGACAAAGUCUACGACGUCACCAAAUUCCAAAACGAGCAUCCCGGAGGGGAGGAAGUUCUGAUUGAGAUGGCUGGAAAGGAUGCCACCAACGAGUUCAACGAUGUUGGCCACAGUACCGAUGCAAAAGCACAAAUGAAGCAAUUCGUCGUGGGAGAGAUCAUUGAAGCCGAGCGGAAAAAGAAUGUUUCGAAACAAGAUUCCGAUUCUCCGUCCUCGUCAUCCGGAUCCUGGUUUGGAGCCUUGAAGGCUAAGCUUUUUGGAUAGGAUUUAACGCAUUAGUUGCUGUUAUUAAUACUUGUAUCGAAUACAAUAGCUAAGGCAUUCUGCUUAACUAUCUUAAAGUAACUUUAUUCAAACUACCUGUGGUGCUAUGUUUAAAACAUUCUAUCCGAGAUAAUAAAAGUUUACUAUUAUACACUUUACUAUCAAGCAA